GCGAGGCAAGAUCUUCUGAUGGAAAUAAAACAAGUAUUUGAGAUGGUUAUUACCCUGGAAGGCCGACUGGGAUCUCAGUAUCUGCUGCUAUCGCUUCUGCUCCUUGCAGCGUGGGAGGAGGGCAGCGGCCAGGUUCAGUACUCGGUCGCCGAGGAGUCCAAACACGGCACCUUCGUGGGCCGCAUCGCCCAGGACUUGGGGCUGGAGCUGGCAGAGCUGGUGCCGCGCCUUUUCCGAGUGGCGUCCAGAGGCCACGGGGACCUUUUGGAGGUAAAUCUGCAGAAUGGCAUUUUGUUUGUGAAUUCUCGGAUCGACCGGGAGGAGCUGUGCGGGCGGAGCGCGGAGUGCAGCAUCCACCUGGAGGUGAUCGUGGACAGGCCGCUGCAGGUUUUCCAUGUAGAGGUGGAGGUGAAGGACAUUAACGACAACGCGCCGGUGUUUCGUUUAAAGGAACAAAGAGUGCUGAUUUACGAAUCAAGGCUGCCAGAUUCUAUGUUUCCACUAGAGGGCGCGUCAGAUGCGGAUGUUGGCUCGAAUUCCCUCUUAACCUAUAAACUCAGUUCCAGCGAAUACUUCGCCCUAGAUGUGAAAACAAACAGUGAUGACAAUACACAAAUUGGGCUCGUGUUAAGGAAAUCCUUGGACAGAGAGGAAGCUCCCGAACAUAACUUACUGCUGACAGCCACUGACGAAGGCAAACCUGAGCUCACUGGCACUGUUCAGCUGCUGGUCACUGUGCUGGACGUGAAUGACAAUGCUCCCAGUUUCGAACAGACUGAAUAUGAAGUAAGGAUCUUCGAAAACUCGGGCAACGGAACAAUAGUCAUCAGACUGAAUGCUUCUGAUCAGGAUGAAGGAGUGAAUGGGGAAAUUUCAUACUCUUUUAAUAGUCUUGUUCCAACCAUGGUUAGAGACCAGUUUAGAAUAGAUACAAAUACUGGAGAAAUAGUAACUAAAGGGAAUUUAGAUUUUGAAAAAUUGAAUUUAUACAAAAUUCGUGUUGACGCGACGGACAAAGGCCACCCACCCAUGGCUGGACAUUGCACUGUUUUAUUGAAAGUUUUGGAUAAAAAUGAUAAUGUCCCUCAGAUUGCAUUGACUUCCUUAUCCUUGCCUAUCCGAGAGGACGCUCAAUUAGGUACUGUUAUUGCCCUAAUUAGCGUGUCAGAUCUCGACUUCGGUGCCAACGGGCAAGUGACCUGCUCACUAACACCUCAUGUCCCCUUCAAGCUGGUGUCCACCUUCAAGAAUUACUAU